AUGCAAUUAAAUCUCGUUCGCCCGCGGUCAAUAAAAGGUAUCUGCAGGGCGCGGCCCGGCGGCCAUGCCUGUGUAAUAACAAAUAUUUCCAAGCUUCCUUACAACCUCGGGAACAGGUCUACCUUCCGAGGUCGUCCUAAACAGCAAUGGCGCCCACAUGCAUUGCCAUUUUGGCGCUCGCCCUCCUGUGCAUCUCCCCCUUCUCGGUGUUAUCCCAGGAUUAUGAUAACUCCCGAGCCAAUGAUUACACCUGCCCGCCAGGGUUCAUCCCUAUUGUUCGAGGCAGCUCAGAUUCCUAUCCCGUCGAGUGCGAUGCGGAUCAGUGUUACACCGACGCGGUUGGCUGCGGUCCAGGCAAUGUGGGAGUAUUCAGGAGUCAAAGGCAUUGGGUCCCACUUCAGUUGCUUCAUCCCAGGUCGGGACGUGUGCAAUCCCAACCCUUGCGAGAACGGAGGUACAUGCAACGUGCAGUUUGGCACCCGUUUGCCUCCCGUUCCUGAGGGGGAAAACCCCAGCCAAGUCAUCGACUUCACUUGUAACUGCCCUCUCGGGUUCCUGGGGAAGACAUGCGCCCUUUUGGCCCCGAAUAGUCAGUACCCCACGCCAGUGCAGAAGUCAGGCCCACCGAGCGGCUCUCAAGGUGUUUGUGGCACUGAUGGCCCCGCCGCCGCGUUCCCUGUCCGGUGCUACCUCAACAACGAUCCCCAGGGGCGCUACCUCUGUUGCGACUCGGCCGGUUGUGACGGGUUCCUUCGCCCCCGCUAUCAGGUCCCCCAGUGCAAGAAUGGCGAUGGCUACGCGCCACCUGGCUUCGGCGUCGGGACCAGUCCGCCCACCCCCCCGGCAACCCCACCCCCGUCGAACCCCCCAACUGGGUCCCAAGGUGUUUGCGGCUCAGGCGACGCAGCUUUCUUCCCGACGCGGUGCUGGUUCAACAGCGACCCCCAGGGGCGCUACGUGUGCUGCGAUGGGCAGGGCUGCGACGGGUUCAACGCCGACAACCUGACCCCCCACUGUAAAAUCUACGGCUACGUGCCGCCCAACUACGGCGCCGGGGCGGCGCCUCCCCCCCCGGAGCCCCCGACUAACUCGCAGGGCGUGUGCGGGACGGGGGCAGCUGCAAGCUUCCCCGUGCGCUGCUGGUACAACAACGAUCCACAGGGCAGAUACGUCUGCUGCGACUCCGAAGGUUGCGACGGGUUCAAUCCCCCAGGCAACUUCUUCCCUCACUGCAAAAACAACGGCUUCGUCCCGCCGAGCUUGUAGACUUGUGCACGCUCUUGAAGAGUCUGAGCUUUGCAAUUUUGAACGUUCGUGUUCCCUUAUCUGGCGUGGCACCGUGGCACCAUUCGAGUUGUACUGUAUGGAGUGGAUAGGCCAAGAGAUCCUCGAGUCGUUGUCUCUGAAUUUGAGAGUGUAUACCAAGGUAAUGAUGCAAAGAUUGAAGGCCCUCAAGGCCCGGCUUCGUAGGAGCGCCUUAGGUAGCUUCGGGUUGAUUCCGCUCGCAUAUAGAGCUCAGGGUAUAGGCGUUUUGGAGCGACGAGUAGGAUUGAGGUUAAGUCGGUGAACUUUGCAAUACUUAUGCGAGCGGGUAGGGAAUCAUUCAUGUAGGUGAGUUGGUCGUAGUCGUCGUCAUUCUAAUACACUUUCUAAUCCCAUUCACUAAUCAAAGAUAAGACAGAUGCACCGGGUGGCAAGC